GAUAUAUUGACGCCUUCCCUUUUUUUUUCUUUUUCUUCUUCUUCACGCAGCUUUAUUGUGGAUAAAGAACAAGUAUGUCUACUCCUAUUAGAAACUUGAAAGACUUUGGUCGUAAUGACAUUACCGAUCAUUCAAGCACAGAUCAACGAUCUGUUGUUACAACCAAUGCUGACACCAAACACAACUCAGCUGUAAAUACCCCACAGUGUCAACCUGACUUAAAUGCGUCUGUUGAUCUCGACUCAACUGCGACAACAACUGCGCACGGAGGAGGUUUAAAUAUUGCCAGUACCACAAGCAGCAGUUUUUCUGACAUUUUACAAAAAGAAUCUGCCACUUUACCACCACAUGGCAGAUGUUACUCAGAAAUACCCGGCCAAACUCAAAUCACUGAUGAGGUCCUAAAUACCCCAAUUGAAUCACACGUUCCAUGCGAAUCCGAAGCUUUCAAUGAACCACAGGAUCCAGUUAUUCAAGUCAAACUCGAGCCUGAAUCAACCAUCCAACCUGAACCAGCAGCAUCAGCUCAACCAAGCCGCAUUCAGCCUUUAGAUUCGCCUCCUCCAGUAAUAAAAGUGGAACCUGAAUCGCCAAUUCAAAAUGAACAUCAAACACACUUGGAGCCAGAUUCAUGCAGCCAAAGAUUUUAUUCGCCUGUGCACAGAACCGAUACUGGGCUUCAAUCUCCCGAGGAUGAUCAUAUCAAAUUUGCAUACCCCACUUUGGAUCGUAGUGUUCUAUCUCCAACUACAGGAACGGAACGCACAUCCUAUAAUCAACUGGAACAUCCAGCACAUAGCCAAAUGGAUCUUUCAUCGCAUAAUCGACUGGUAAAUCCACCUCUUGAUCUCCCAUUAUUUUCUCAAUUGGGUUCAUCCACAUUUAUGCCUGCACGAGUAGGAUUUACACCGCUUGGUCUUCUUCCUCGUCCACCCCUAAUUAAUCGUAAGCCUGGGCUUUUCGCUCAUCUUCAACCUAAUUUGGUUUCUCGCUCUGAGCCCGGUUUGGUUCCUAAGUUUGGAAUCCCAUUCAGUUCCCAAUCUGAAUUGAAUGCAUCUUCUCACAAUGAACAACAUGUUCAAAAGGUAUUGGAACCUGUGUCAUGUACCGAACCUUCUCAAACUCAUGAACCUCAAGCUCUUGGUCAGGUUAAUGUCAAACCAGCUCUUCGCGGAUCUCCACAGCCGGUAAUACACAGUGGUUAUGAGCCACCUGCUGAGCCAGAUCCAGCCUCUCAUUCUGAGCCAGAUCCAGCCUCUCAUUCUGAGCUUCCCGCACCUACCAAAUCGACAAAAAAGAAGGUUUCAUCUGGCCGUUCUGCAUCUCUUCUUAUGAACAUGGAUUUUAGUAUCCCAGGAGAAACUACUUUAACUGAGCCUGUUAAACAGGUUGCUGAAGCGUCUCUCGAUCUGGCUGAUGGUGUGUCUGUCGAACUGCCUUCCAAAAAGUAUGUUGAUAUUGUUACCGAUAAGAUCUAUGCCGAGUCUGCUGCUGGUGAUAUUGAUGCUAAGUCUGCUGCCGAAAAGAUUACCGGUCAUCCUACUGCCGAAAGCCUUGCCAUCAAACAGGUCACUGGAAUGUCUUCUGAAAAACCUGUGUACAACCCGGACCAAUCACCUGGUGAAGCAUCCACUGUAGCACCCAAUGUAGCACCCACUGUAGCACCCACUGUAGCACCCACUGUAGCACCCACUGUAGAACCCACUGUAGCACCCACUGUAGAACCCACUGCAGAACCCACUGUAGAACCCACUGUAGAACCUAUUGCCGAAGUACCUGUGGAAGGACCCGUGGAAGUACCCGUGCAAGUACCUGUGGAAGUACCUGUGGAAGUACCUGUGGAAGUACCGGUGGAAGUACCUGUUGAAGUACCGGUGGAAGUACCUUUACGAGAGAAGGGCCGCAGGGGUAGAAAACCCAAGGCGAAACCCAACCCUGAAGGCGUGGCAGAGGCAUCAAAAUCAGUACUGAAAAAGAAGGUAUACAAGGCUACUGGAUCUGGGGAGUCAUCUAAUACUCCCACGAUCAAAAAGUCAAAACGUCUAGCAGAUAAGCAAGCUUUUGGCAAGGACGUUUCUGUUGGUCAUUCUCGAUGCGAUGCUAAUGAUGAGUUUGUACCUGAUAAGGAUGAUCAGCCCGCCCAUAAGACUUUGGCUAGUGGUAGGAAGAAAAGAGCCGCUACAACCUCUGUCUCCUACAAGGACUACGAUUUGGAUGAAAUUGAGGAGGAUGCGCCAAGAAAGAAGCGUGGGAAGAAGACUAAAGAAGUAUUGUCGAGUUCCUCAAAAUCAGCAAAGGCUGUCAUUACAAGAGCCAAGCGAUCUCCUGGUAAAACCAAAGAAGUAGAAAAAAACGGUCCGAAAAAUGCAAUUUACAUUGACACGGAUGAUGAAGUUGAAGAGACGGAGAUUGCACAAGUCGAAACUACCAAGCCUGUCCAAACUCAAAAGGCAUCUGAUAAUCAAGAUAAUAAGCUUAAGCGAUUAUUGCAAAGCAAGGACAGCCAAUUGGUCCAAGUAAACUUCAGGCAAUUGAUCCCGGAAUGGCUGGCUGCUUUUUCAGAAAAGGAUAAGCAAGAGCUUGCCUUGCUCCUUCCCGAGGCUGAUCAAGUCCUUAAGAAAAACAACGUUACGAUUAGGUCUGACUUUGGACAAGUGUCUACCAAUCAUUGCUUUGAAGCUGCAGAAAGAUGGCAGGAUAUUUUGUUCUUGGGUGGCUUCGAUCAAGAGUACAAGUCUGCAACUGUAAAUGCUGAGGAUGACAGCUUUAAAGACGACAAUUACGAACAGCAUUGGGGCGAUCGUAUAAAAGAAUUCAAUGAGGAAAAGCGUAAGCGUGAGGAGAUCGAUAUUGGCCGCCCGAACCCAAGCAAGAGAUUUGAAGUUGGGAAUUACUUUAGUUGCCUAGAUAUCGAAAAACGUAAAUACCCAUAUUGA